AUGAGAGCUUUGCUUGGAGCCUAUGAGUGUUGGGACUCCGUGGAGAAAGGAGUCGAUGAAAGUGAAGUGGCCGGGAGAAAAAAAGACCAAAAGGCGCUCACACUUAUCCAUCAAAGUUUGAAUGAGAAGAUGUUCGAGAAGGUUGUUGCAGCGACCACCUCCUAUCAAGCAUGGGAAAUUCUUCAAGCUUCAUUCAAAGGUGUAGACAAAGUAAAGAAGGUUCGUCUCCAAACAUUAAGAGGUGAAUUUGAGUCCCUCCGCAUGAAGGAGUCCGAAUCCAUUUCGGAUUAUAUCUCAAGACUCUUGGCCAUUACCAAUCAAAUGAAGAGGUAUGGAGAAGAUGUGAAAGAUGAUCGAGUUGUGGGAAAAAUUCUUAGAUCGUUGUAUCCAAAAUUCAACAACAUCGUCGUUGCCAUUGAAGAGUUGAAGGACCUAGACACCAUGACCGCUGAUGAACUUAGAAAGAAAUUGACUCAUGACGAGGCCGUGGAGGUGCUCGUGGUCAUGGCGGCGGACGAGAACGAGGACGCAGAAGAUGAAGACAAGGACAACAUGAUUAUGCAAAUAAUAGGCAUAAUUAUGACUCGAAGAAAAACCAAGAAAAAGGUCGAGGUCGUGGACGUGGACGAGGUCGAGGCCCAAGAGGUGGAGGAUAUAGGCCAAGUCAAAGGCAUGACAAAUCAAACAUCGAGUGUUUUAAUUGUCAUCGCUAUGCCCAUUACGCCUGGGAGUGUCAAAGUGACGUAG